AUCGUCUCCAAAUAUCACCUCGAGACCCCUCCCCUCUUGAACAAACCACCACCAACAAUCCCCCCAUAUCCAGCACACGGGGAGCCUGACCAACACCACUCCAAAAUGGCCACCCCCUUGACCGCGACCCCGUCCCGCACGGCGACCCUCCUCAGCAACCUCACCACCGUCUCCCUCCGCAUCACCACCGCCGCCACCUCCACCUCCAGCCAACCCAAAGAACCGCGCCUGGUCGCCGUCUCCAAACUCAAACCGGCCUCCGACAUCCUCGCCCUGCACACGGCCCCGCCCACCGGCGCCGGCCACCUGCACUUCGGCGAGAACUACCAGCAAGAGCUGCUCGAGAAGUCGCGGCUCCUGCCGGGGACCAUCCGGUGGCACUUCAUCGGCGGCCUGCAGUCGAACAAAUGCGUGGCGCUGGCGCGGGAGGUCCGCGGCUUGUGGGCCGUCGAGAGCGUGGACAGCAAGAAGAAGGCCGCGCUGCUGAACCGGGGGUGGGGCGAGCGCGCCCCCGCGCUGCGGCGCGAGGACCACGCGGCCCGGCUGCGCGUCUUCGUGCAGGUCAACACCUCCGGCGAGGCGGAGAAAUCCGGCGUCGCGCCGGGCGGCGACGCGCUCGAGCUGUGUCGCUUCAUCCGCGAGGAGUGUCCGGGCCUCCGGCUGGCGGGCGUGAUGACUAUCGGGGCGAUUGCGAGGAGUCGGGCGGUGAAGGAGGGGGAGGAGAAUGCGGAUUUUCUGGCGUUGAGGGCGGUUAGGGAUGAGGUUGUGCGGGGGUUGGGGUUGGCGGGGGAGGAGGAGCGGUUGGAGUUGAGUAUGGGCAUGAGUGAGGAUUUUGAGGGCGCGAUUCGGUUGGGGAGUGAUGAGGUGAGGGUCGGGACGGGGAUCUUUGGGGAGAGGCCGCCGAGGGAGGAGGCGAGGGUUGUUUAG